CUACCCCUCAUAUACGUAUCCGACGCUGAAUCGUCCAGCAACGUCCCCGUGCGUCGAACACCAGGGGCCUAUUGUCUCGUCCUUCAUUCCGACGUCUACUAUUGAGAGGCAACUUCGACUACUGUAAUAAAGCUAUGCCCGACCGUGAGCCUCCGCAGGUUAUACCAUUCGAUAGCGAAAGGGCGCAUCCGCGGGAAGUAGAUCCAGCUGAACUAGUCGGGAAGAAAAUGAAGGCCAUAUACCAUGUGAAUUCUUACGAUGACCUUCCGUCGUCAGUUGGGAUCAAGUUCCGCGAUGGGUCGACAUACCAUGUGCGAAUGUCUGCACAUUGGGGGUGUGGAGGCGUGGACCAUGAAAUCUACGAGGACGAAUUCGAGGGAAAACAAAUCACUGAAUGUGCUCUGUUGAAGUGCGCUGAUACGGAGUACUUUGAUGGUUCGCGCAAUGAGAAUGCGACACAUAUCGGACUUGGCAUCAAGUUUGAGGGGUCGGAUGAGUGGCAGAUCAUACACGCCUCCUAUGAGGAGUGGGAUGAGGACCACGAGGAACUUUGUUUGCUCAGCUUUUAUGACGUCUUUCUCGUAAAGAUGUCUGGAUCAGGAAGAAAGAGCGGCCGUGGAAGAGGACGAGGACGCCGCUGAUGGUGUACGGUCUUGUAACAUGAGUAACAUCACUGCUGGCAAUGUACAUCUGGCGUGUCAUCUAUUGUCUGAUUGCAUAAAUAUAUCACAUAGCUGUACUAUGCUGAU